CUGUUAAGGAGCUUCUACGUACGAGUACCGACUCCAUUUCAGCUAAAACAGUUAAGGAACUAACUAGAUAUAUAGUCAUGACCGCUCACUACUUGUUUGUUACCAUCUGUGUCGCCCUCUCUCUUUUAGCUUGCUUCGCCAAUGCACAACUUUCUCCCAACUUCUACGCAAGAAGUUGCCCUAGACUACAACUCAUCGUGCGAGAUGCCAUGAGGCAAGCUGUCAAUGGGGAGGCACGUAUUGGUGCCUCUAUUCUUCGCUUGUUCUUCCAUGACUGCUUUGUAAACGGCUGCGAUGCAUCGCUUCUACUAGAUGACACGGGCACCUUCACAGGCGAAAAGAAUGCUUUUCCAAAUAAAAAUUCAGCCAGGGGUUUCCAAGUGAUUGAUACCAUUAAAACUCGUGUCGAAGCUGCCUGCAAUGCUACUGUUUCUUGUGCCGAUAUUUUAGCACUUGCAGCACGCGAUGGAGUGGUCUUGCUGGGAGGACCCUCAUGGACAGUGCCACUAGGGCGGAGAGACGCAAGAACAGCCAGCCAGAGCGCAGCCAACGCCCAACUUCCGUCCCCGUUUGCUAACCUUACAACCCUGACCUCCCAGUUCGCCGCCAAAGGGCUAAGUGCCCGCGACAUGACCGCGCUCUCUGGUGGCCACACAAUCGGCCUAGCUCGAUGCACCACAUUCCGGACCCGCAUAUACAACGAAACCAACAUUGACCCAAACUUUGCUACCACUCGAAGGGCCACCUGUCAAGCUUCUGGCGGUGAUGAUAAUUUGGCCCCGCUUGACUCACAGACCUCCAACCGGUUUGAUAACAGCUACUACAGGGACCUUGUGGCUCGACGUGGCCUUCUCCAUUCUGACCAAGAGCUCUUUAAUGGUGCCUCCCAAGAUGCACUGGUUAGGACCUAUAGUAACAAAAUUGCAGCUUUUGCUCUUGACUUUGCUGCUGCCAUGGUGAAGAUGAGCAAAAUUACCCCGCUCACUGGGACAAAUGGGGAGAUUAGAGGGAAUUGCAGGGUGGUGAACUCGCCAUAAUUACCUUUUUAUAUAUGGUUUAAUCAUGAUAUGUACGUGUAAUUCAAUAAUUAAGUGAUCCAAAGGUCCUGGGAUAGGAUUUUAA